CCCCCGUCACAUGAUCCGGAGCCCUCGGGAAGGGCGGCGGACGGCGGGGCCAUGGCGAUCGAGGGGGGGAUGAAAUGUGUGAAGUUCUUGGUUUUCUUCUUCAACUUCAUCUUCUGGGUGUGCGGCGUGGCCCUGAUCGCCAUCGGCAUCUACGCGCUGGUGGCCCUGGGUAGGGCCCCGGUGGCCCCGGUGGGCGGCUCCAGCUGGACCCCCGUGGGCAUCGUGGUGCUGGGGGUCGUCAUCUUCUUCACCUCCUUCUUCGGCUGCUGCGGCGCCUGGAAGGAGAGUUACUGCAUGGUCACCACGUUCGCCGUCCUCCUCAGCCUCAUCUUCCUGGUGGAGAUCGCCGCCGCCAUCACCGGCUACGUCUUCAAGCACAAGGUGCACGGGCUGGUGGAGGAGGGGCUGUGGGAGGCGGUGAGGAGGUACGAGCAGGACCAGGCGCUGAGCGCUGCCCUGGACGCCUUCCAGCAGGAGUUCUCCUGCUGUGGGGUGGACAACUACACGGACUGGGCCAGCGUGGGGCCCUUCGGGGCCAACGACACCGUGCCCAGGUCCUGCUGCCGCGUGGCCACCGCCGCCUGCAACGUCCGGCCCACCCCGGCCACCGUGUUCGCCAAGGGCUGCCUGCCGAGCCUCGAGGCGUGGGUCAAGAGGAACGUGCUGGUGCUGGCGGCCGUGGCGCUGGGCAUCGCCUUCUUCGAGAUCCUGGGCGUUGUCUUCUCCUGUUGCCUCAUGCGGGGGAUCCGCAGCGGCUACGAGGUCAUGUAGCCCCCCCCCCAAAAUUCCUAACCCCCCCGGGGGUCCUGGGGGGGGCCACGUGCCAACCCCCCCCACCCCGGGGGUCCUGGGGGGCUGGGGGGGCCCCCGGGUUUACAAUAAAGAGGAAAAGCUUGUGGA